AUGUCUGUCCAAACCACUGCUACUAUCGCCUCCUUCGGGGGUCAGCUCCUGAAGCUGGCUCACAAGGCUGCUUCGACCAACUGCGAAAUGAAGUUCAACUUGUUUCUCCCUCCUCAAGCUCUCAAGAACUCCGCAUCCAAGAUCCCCGUACUCAUCUAUCUCUCUGGUCUGACUUGCACUGGUGACAACUGCUCGGAAAAGGGGUUCUUCCAGCACCGCGCCAGCGAAAAGGGAAUUGCUGUCGUCUACCCCGACACUAGCCCGAGAGGACUUGGUAUCGCUGGUGAGGAUGACUCGUACGAUUUCGGUUCGGGCGCCGGCUUCUAUGUCAAUGCCACGAAGGAGCCCUACAACAAGGGUUACAACAUGUACUCAUACAUUACCGAGGACCUCCCCAACGCUCUAUUCUCAGAGUUCAAGCAAUUGGACUCGGAGAGAGUUAGCAUUACUGGCCACAGCAUGGGUGGCCACGGUGCCCUGACUCUGUUCCUCAAGAACCCCGGCAUGUACAAGUCCGUUUCCGCCUUCGCGCCCAUCGCCAAUCCUAGCAACUGCGACUGGGGCAAGAAGGCUUUCUCUGGCUACUUUGGCGAGGAUCAGAAAGAGAAGUGGGCAGAGCACGACGCGACAGAGCUCAUCAAGAAGUGGAAGGGUCCCUUGGAUAUGCUUAUCGACGUCGGUACCGGCGACAACUUCUACAAGCAAGGCCAGCUCUUGCCCGAGAACCUCACCAAGGCUGCCAAAGAAUCAGGCAACGACAAGGGCGUCAACCUUAGAAUGCAACCCGACUACGACCACAGCUACUUCUUCAUGGCUUCCUUCGCUGAUGACCAUGUCGACCACGCUGCCAAGUACCUUCUGGGCUAG